AUGUCUCUAUCAUCACUCGCUGUUAUUCAACAAGCAAUGACUCGUUAUGUUUUGCCUAUCACUUUGGGACUAGGUAAUGUAGGUAAUAUCAUAUUGAUUGUAUUUUUUUCUCAGAAAAAUCAUCGUAUGAAUUCAUGUUCACUCUAUUUACUUGUUGCUGCUUUCUUCGGUAUUGUUGGUGGCAAUUGUGGAGUAAUUCCUUAUGUCGUGGCUCUUUAUUUUCCCGAUCCAUUCAACAAAUUUCUUGUUCUAUGUCGUCUUCGACUGUAUAUUAUAUAUAUAUCUGCUAUGAGCUUUCGAUCAAUGAUUGUUCUAGCAACUGUUGAUCGUUUUGCUCUCUCCAGUUCUCGGCAAUCAUUUCGAGCGCUUAAUUCAUUUAUAAUCGCUCAACGAGCAACCAUCUGUAUUUGUUUCAUCUGGGCUAUCGCUGGUUUCCAUCUACUCAUCUGGCCAACUAUUCAAAAUGAUCGAUGUCUGGUCUAUGGAGUCUAUGGUUUUACAUAUAGCAUUCUUCAAUUGAUUACUCUAGGUCUUCUUCCGACUAUUCUGAUGAUUAUAUUUGGCACACUCUUGAAAAAGAAUCUUUAUCAAACUCGUGCUCGUGUUCAUCACGUCGCAAGACAAGCAAUAAAUUUGAAUACCACUGCUUUUCGAAAACGAGACAGGUUUUUAAUUGUACUUGUUUACACUGAAAUUUUUCUUACCUUCAUUUUUACAUUUCCUUAUGCAAGUUACGCAAUCUAUACGGCACUCACUAACAAUAUUCCAAACAAAAGUGUCGAAAGACUGCAGAUCGAAUCAUUUGCAUUCUUUUUCACUGUGUCAUUUCUGCUUUAUCUCGGUAAUUCAACAACUUUUUAUGGUUAUAUGGCAAUAUCAAAAACAUUUCGACGUGAAGUUAAAACUAUGUUACUGAGAUUUGUUGGAAGAAGACCGACAAUCAUCGGUCAUGAACCAGCAGAAAACAAUAUGCCAACACGUUUAAUAAAUCAAACAAGACCAAUCAUUUCAAAUAUUCCUCAUUAG